CGCAUCGGGGCCGUCUGAUAAAUCGAUCUCUCACGCACACGCACACACACGACACCACAGACAGGCAGUGUGCUGAGCAACCAGCACCACUUGCUGAAGCAGACAGACAGAUGGACAGAAAGGAAGGCCUCUUGCCCUUCGCCAACACGGUGACGCGCACACGCAAAGGCGACUGACGGACGGAUGAAACCACACACGUGGGAAGCGACGAGCACGACCCAAGCCGCACCGCUGGCUGGCUGACGAAACACAUGGAGAACAUGCUACCUUAGGAGACAUGACAUGCAGCAUUGCCCCGAAACAAAGUAGCUGCACGUCGCACGAAAACACCCAUGGACGUACUAAAACAAGACACGUAUCAUCCAAUUCACUCAUGUGACUGACAAAAUUGAUAGAUCUGCCCUGCCCUCCCUGUCCCCCUACACGCCACGCCCUACACGCCACAUCACCCGGCAACCCACUAGACCAUCUCUCUCCUGUCAUAUCGGAGCAUGCGAUCCCUCCCCCCCUCCCCCCUCUGUGUGUCCUCUUCUAGGUCGGCUGUUCCGUCCUGAGGCUGUCUUCUUGCUGUGUCUCAGGGACCCCCAUAGAGCAUGGCGGCUUCUCACAUUCGGUCUCGUCGGUGACUAUGGGGUCGUCACGUGCUUGGGCGAUAAUGGUCGUGUCGUUGCCGGCGGCGCCAUCCGCCAGCUUGGCCAUCAGACCCGCAAAGCGCCCCAUGGCCAUGACAGUCGACGCCGGGUUCAUCCGACCCACCUGUGACACCAUACCAGCCAGGGAGAUGGGGAGAAGGUGCACUCAUUCACCCACCAAACCUGUGGAAUGCAUCCGGCGUCGACAAUGUAGAGCUGUUCGAUGCCGAUGAGCUUGAAGGCGGCGUCCACCACUGUGCCGAUGGACGUCGAGCCUACGUGGUGCCAUAUCGACGUCCCAUGGCUCUCCACGUACUUUCUGAUGCCCUCAGCACAAUCGCCUGGAGGACACACGCACACACAGAGACACACACACAUCGACAUCGACACAGACACAUACGCACAGACAGGUGUCUCUCGUUUCCCUCACCGCGUGGAACGAUCGGCAGAGGAUCGGGCAAAGGUAGAAGCUCUCUUUGCUGAGGGCCAGUGGAGUUGUCGGUGCUGUUGGUCCGCAUCCGGCGUGUCUGUGCCUCCUCCUUGGCUGCGAGUGUCGCGUUGACGCCGGCGAUAAAGCGGGCGUCCUCAGCGCUGAUGUACCCCUGUAUGGCAGCAACCUCCUCAUCCUGACAACAAACAAAGACACCAUCCACACCCCUCCACACACAAACACACAUGUGAUUGUCGCAGGUCGUUGAGCUGACCAUUUGCUGGACGGAGAUGGUAGGGUUGUUCUCCCGCGCGGCAUCGAUGAUGUCGGGCUCCUCGAGCAGGAACUUGAAGACCGACAGGAUGGUGCCCGUGCAGCUGUCCUUGCCGUACUCCUCAAGGAUGCCAUCGAAGCCGCCCUGGUCCAAAAUCUGCACAUCACGUGGCGGUGGGUGCCAGGCGCACACGUGAUCGGCGUCUGCGUGUGUGGCUCUCCUCCCACCGUACCUUGAGGAUGUCUCAGAUGCCCUGCUCCGAGUCCAUUCUGUCAUACUCAUCCUGGUAGUAGUUGGGAAUCAAGAACGGCUUGCCUGCACAUACAGAAAAAGACACACGGACAGACACACACAGGCACCUACACCCGAGGCAUCAGAAUGUGUGUUGUGAUCUGGUUACCAUCCUUAAUCGUGAUUUCGCCCCUGGACCGCACGAUGACGAGAAGGUGAACGGGGCCGCCACACGCCUGCACACACACACACACUUUCUCUUCAUUCACAUGUGUGUGUGUGGUGGGUGGUGCAUCGACUGACUUUAGGCAGUCGACGGCAUCCUCGACGUAGCCGCGAACGAGAGGCAGGUUGCAGAGGAGGGCGACGAAGCCGGGCGGGCUGUCCUCGACGCAAGACAAGAAAAUGUCACGCACGAGCAGCAACACCCUGACAGGCGCACAGCCACACACACAGACACUCAUGGUGGGUGAGUGUUUGUGUUGAGCUUUGUAUGGAUGGCUGACUUGUUGCUCCUGAAAGACGGUGGGAUGAUGAACAGAGUGCCCAGCGUCGCACCGUAGGGCGAAUUGGCCCCCGAAAUCUCCUCAAGGGUCGACAGCCGACAAUCCUUCACCUUAUCAGUGAAGUCGCGGAACCUCCACACACACGCACACGGAACACGCGUGUGGACGUCGCUUCCUCCCUCUCCCUCUUGUGUGUCGGCUGCGGUGCACUCAAUCGUCAAAUCCGUCGCAUGAAGUGCCGGUCUUGUGCCAGCCGAUGGUCUGACACACCGUCCCCACUGUGGUCGUGGGCGGCACCUCCGCAGGCAGCGACCUCACCGGCUCCCCCGCCAUCUCCUUCUUGAAGAAGCACCCCACAGGCGUGAACAAGCGGUCGUGGUAGUUCUGGCCGACCUCGGGGAUCUCCUUUAGCAGCGUCGCGCCGACCGCUUCCACCAAAGCCGCUGGACCGAUGUCCGAUUUCCAGAGGAUGUAUGGCGUAUAGACGGCCCCCAGAGACAUGGAGAUGCGCCCGCCCUCCUUGACACAGGCGAUCUGCUCCUCGCCGGAGAAGAGGCCUCCAUCCUCCUCUCGGUACACGACGCAGGUGUGGCGGUGAGCGGCUCGGUCUCCGUGAAGGCGAUCUUCUCCACGAGAUGGUUGACGAGUAUGGUGAGGGUCUCCGGCUUGUCAUCCAGACAGAAGCUGUCGGCGGCCUUGCGGACCCUGUCGUUGGACGGGCCGUCGUUGUCGAAGAUCGUGAAGCCGCGCCAGCUGCCGUCCUUGAGCUCAGAACUGUCCCCAUUGAAGGGCUCGUACACCUGGCUCACACCCCUGCACACACCGCACAGGUGGCUCAGGCCAUUUCUGCGCACGUGUGCGUGUGUGCGUGUGUGUACGUGUCCACCUGGUGAUGGCCGCGCCGUACUCUUCGGUGAGAUAAGCCGGCUGGCUGACUCUCUCCUUCACCCAAUCGUAUGCCUCGCGGAAGAGAUCAAACUCCCACUCGACGCCAUAAUCGGCCUUCAAGAAAUCAAAGUAGUCCUUGAGCUCGUCAAUCGAAAUGCCUGCACGCAAACACAUCCCGGGACGGCGGGAGGGAGGGACGGAGGGAGUCGGCCGUUGUCGUCAUUUGCCGUGCGACCUACCGAAGUUAAGACCUGUGCCGCCGCUGAGGAUCUUGGCCACAUGCGUGAUGACCCCCUGCGCGAGAACACACAGACCCAUCACCCACAGUCCCCCCAGUCGCUCCACCCAGGCCACUCACCGGUGUCCUCCCCUCUGUGCAGUGGCUGUCGACGACCACCGCAGCAGCAGGAACAGCAGAGUGACCAGGGAUGCCAUGGACAUCCUCUCUCUUGAGCUGGUAAAAUAGCAGUACGACCCGACUCUGUUGCUCUAGCAGGCGCACUAUUCCCGUCAU